AUGGUCAACACCGGACACCCGCCUGACGGGCUGUUCGGUCAGUGCCUCAGCUCUAGGCAGGACCUGGUCCAGUACCAGGUUACAGUUCCUGUUCUGAAGAGGAUGCAGGAAGUCCUAAAACAGCUCAUGGUAAAAGGUUUUUCCUGGCAAGAUGACAUCACCCAGUAUAUUUUAUCAAAGGAGCUGAAGAGAGUUCCCCAUACAACCCAUCCCUCUAAGCCAAAGUCCUCUUCGUCCUCUUCUGUUUCAUCUCAGUCCAAACAGAACACCCCCCACCCCCACAGUUCUAAAUCUGGGUCUGCACCUCCUGGUGGCAACUAUUUGGACUACAUGAUUGUCGAGCCUCCUCAAACCCCUCUACGUAUGCAGACAGCCUCCAUGGACCCAUACACAUACCACCAGCAUAGAUAUCAAGACGAAGUGGAGAGAUCCCUAAUAGGAGCAGGAAAUGGUUAUGCCCGCCCCUCUUCAAGGUCCCAGGCCAAUCAGAGAGAGCGAGAGCGCGACAGGCAGCUGCUACAGGAAGCCUUUUCUCUCUACAUGGCGUCUGCACAGCCCACUUAUCGCCACAGAGGGGCCGCUGCCAUGGCUCCUGCAGCUAUGCCUUAUUAUGAGGACUUGGAGAUGCCAGUGGACUAUGUAGAAGACUACACCCUAGAGGAGAGACUUGGUACUGCUGGAAGACAGCAACCGCUGCAGAACAAAAAGGUUCCUCAGGACAUCAGCACUCAGUCUGGAACCAAUGAUGGCCUCCUUCAGAGGAUGUCAGGGGUCUUGCAGAGGUACGGAGUGGACCCCAGAGAGCUCAGUCAGGAGCAGCUCUACAAGCUAGCCCUCAUUCUGCAGCUGAUGCAAGCCAAAGAGAAAACAGAACCAAUGGAGAAAGACCUCCUCACCCUCAAGGAGAUGCAGCUGUUAAAAACAGACAGUGUGGCCCAGAAGCCGGCAAAGCCUGUCCCUGUUCCUGGUCCCCCCGAUGCCCUUCCUGCCCCCUCCUCUGCUUCAGUUUUAGCUACAUCACCAGCCAAGAGCGUCCACCGGCCCCCUUCUACCUCCCAGCCCCCCCAGGCCGCUCCUGCUGAAGCUGGAAAAGACUUGAAGGAGCAGGGGGUGCCACUGGUGGAGGGUACAGGAGCCAAGGAGCAGUAUGGGUACAUCGUCACCAACCAAAGGUAA